AUGGCCAUAAAUAACACAACAACAGAUUACGAAACCGAAUUUGUGGCCAAGUGUCUCGAUCAUGCGUUUUGCCACAGAUAUGUUGGCGGCAGUUUCAGCAAGACGACGUUUUUCCAGUUCGUCGUAGUGGUGAUAUUUGCGAUAAUCACUCCUUUUAUUAACGGUGUGUUCAUCCUKAUGAUGUAUAUGCUAGAAGAGUUGAGGAACACUUCAAACUACUUUUUCUUAAACAUUUCGUUGGUGAAUAUAAGCUUUGGAUUCGCAAGUCUUAUCACAUGCAGUAUGUACUACAAACAGUUAGCCACCUGCACCGUUCAAGUGUGUUUUUACCGAGAGGUAUAUGUUCAUAUCUCAGGUACUGGUAUGGCUUUGACAAUGACUACUUUCACAGUCAUCAGUAUCGAACGGUAUAUCUGUAUUUUCCAUGCACUUCGCUGGGAACAGAUCAUCACUACGCGGAGAGUGAUCGUUGUACUGGGYUCCCUGUGGAUGUUCUGGAUCGCCGUUCCAACCUCUCUCCGCGYCGCUGACUUGUGGGUGAUUUUCGAGAUGUUGUACAUGAGUCAAGCAGCUUUAACUAUUUCUACCAUAGUGAUCACUAACUCUAUUAUCCUUAGAGAAAUUCGACGCCACGAGAAAAGAAUUGUACAGGAGUAUGUUGCAGCGAACGCGGAUGAGAUCCGAAAAGCGCGCGAAAAAAGGCGCGCAAAGACGAUCAUCCUGAUGGUGACGCUCGUGAUUCUGUGCUAUCUCCCUUCACUAGUCCUCGUGAUCGGACACCGAAUUCCGAGUCUCGAUCAAGUCAGCUGGAAAUACGCAUGGCUCGUUGCUAGAACGAUCUUCCUCAGUCAUACAACUUUUGACAUUAUUGUCUAUGGACUGAGGACGGAGGAGACGAGGAAGGGAUUCCGAAAAAUAUUACGUAGACUAGUUAUAGGUACUUCUAAUGAAAAUUAA